AUGAAGGCUCUUGCUGUCUUGUCCUCGUUGCUGGCGCCAGCCGCGGCCGUGGCUAUUGACUCGGAACUCUCCUAUGAUGGCCACAGAGUCUUCCGUGUGCGCGUUGCCGACGACGGCUCCCACGUCCAGAGUGUCAUCGACAAGCUUCAACUCACUACCUGGCAGCCCCCUUCGCGAAAGGGCGCCUUUGCCGAUAUCCAAGUCGCGCCGAGGCAGCUCGAGGAAUUUCACAAGGCCAUGGAUGGCCAGGACGUCACUACAAUGCAUGAUGAUCUCGGAAAGUCCAUCAAGCGAGAAGGGACAUUUAUGACCUACGCUGCUGGAUCCGCCAACGAUACGUGGUUCACCUCGUAUCACAGCUACGACGACCACGUGCGGUGGUUGAACGACCUCGGCGCCAAGUUUUCCAAAAACGCCAAGACGGUAACCUCUGGAACCACGCUCGAGGGAAACCCAAUCACUGGUUUGCACAUCUUUGGAAGCUCAGGCGGCGGCAAGAAGCCUGCCGUCGUCUUUCACGGGACCGUGCAUGCGCGAGAGUGGAUUGCUUCCAUGGUUGUCGAGUACAUGACCAACGAGCUCAUCACCAAGUACGGCUCCGACAAGGACAUUACCGCGUUUGUGGACAAGUACGACUUUUACAUGUUCCCCAUUGUAAACGUCGAUGGUUUCAAAUAUACCCAAACGACCAACCGCAUGUGGCGCAAGAACCGCCAGACGACAAGGGGAAGCAAUUGCCUUGGGCACGACAUCAACCGCAACUGGCCGUACAAAUGGGACGGUCAAGGCGCUUCCACCAACCCCUGCGCCGAGGAUUUCAAAGGAGAGAGCGAGGGCGACGCGCCCGAGACCAAGGCUCUUUCUCAGUUCAUUCAGGGCGUCAAGGACGCUCAGGGACUCAAGCUGUACAUUGACUGGCACUCGUACUCGCAGCUCUUCCUGACACCAUACGGGUACUCUUGCGACGCCAAGGCACCCAAUGACGCCGAGAUCCAAUCGCUGGCCAGGGGAACCGUCGACGCCAUCUUCGCCGUGCACCAGGUCAGGUUCAACUCGGGCCCGAUUUGCCAGACGAUUUACCAGGCUAGCGGGAGCAGUAUCGACUUCGUGGCCGACGUUGUCAAGGGCGACUACUCGUUUGCUGCUGAGUUGCGGGACACGGGCAAGAAUGGAUUCGUGCUGCCGGCGGAACAAAUUGUCCCCAGUGGCGAGGAGGCGUUUGCCGGGGUCAAGUAUCUCCUCCAGAAUAUGAAGUAG